AUGGAUACCAUCCAUGAUCUGUCUGCAAGGCUCCCUAAACUGCAAUGGGCGAGCUACGUCUUGUAUACAUCUGGAGGCGUCCAAGACUCCGAGGAACUGGUGCCCCCCUCCCUGCUUCGACGUGAACCCCACAGGUGCUUGCAGAAAUCUAACAAAGAGACGGGCCUCUCGUCACACGAACUUUCCUUGGCGCUUGUCAAUUAUAUUCGAGGAGGUGAUCGAAUCAGCUUGUCGUCCCUGUCAAAGCAAAGUGAAACCAGCACGGUUAUCUUCGACGCUCGCUCUGUAUACAUCGAAGAGACCCGAGCAGCUAGCUCAUGGAAGUACUCCAAAAUAAUGUGGCACAAUCAACGGGCGUGGUUCUACAACGCCUGUGUUCGUGCUGGCGAUUACGUGCAUUCGGCCCACAAAUGGAUGACCGAAACUACCUUGCUCGCCUUUGGCCUGCUCCAUGCUCCUCUCGCAGUUGUCGAGUUACAUACGUCUGAAAACUCUGGAGAUUUCUUAAUUUCUUACCCACCGUUUUUCCGGUACAAAGCCAACCAUGAUAAGUCCAAGUUGAUCAAAAAGAGAGCGAAUAUCAACGGGACGAGGAUUAAGAUGCCGGGUUCCGCGUGGGAGAUCAGCACCCCUCUGUACUCAAGUCUACCCCUUUCUUUCCCCCCAAACUUUUGCCAGUGUACUGAGUAUAUCAAGAACAUUGUCAAAACCGAGCUCAUACAUACUAACCUAGCAAUAGAGGCGAAAAUCUCACAUUCCCGCACUACUCACUCACAACUAAUUAUCCUGGGAUCCCAUGUCGGCGCCAGGGUGGCCCUGUGAGGCCAUAAUUACUCUCCGUCCUGCGUUGUAAAGCCAGGACAGGUG